CUUGUCUGCGAGUCAGUUCAUGCAUCUUCAGCCAAUGUUAGAAUAGAAGCAGCAAUAGCGGCCGUAAUCGGUGGCACGCUGGAGCAAACAGGCACAGCUAUGUAUAUUCCCGUGUAAUUAUCACAAACCGUUGUUUUUGUGAAUGAUUGCACGCCGGUGCCCGCUCAAUAGAUUGCAAUGGCACCGGGUUGGCAAGAGAUCGCUUCACUGCAUGUGGAGCAGAUAACGGGAUAUGUCAGAGAAACCUUGUCGACCGGCCUCGUCUAUCUGAAGUCUGAGCUGGGGAUAGACCUGGGCUUGAAUCCUGAUCUCUGCGCCCCAUGGCUGCUCCUUUCAACGGCCUGGGCCGGUCUAGUUCUCAUUCUGAUUGUAUGGGUCUCGGUCUGUCGCGGGUUAUCAAAAAUACUUUCAGGGACCGAGACAGGAGAAAACAUCGCCGACAACACCGAUCCAGCACAAACGGUGAAGAAGGCAGAUGAGCCGCGGAGAAGAAACCGAAAGAGGAACGCUGAGAAGAAAGCCCAGAGGAACGGACUUGCUGCGGAAACCUAUGAAGAGGCCAAAGUGGUGGACGGUCAAGAGCUUCCAGAAGUGAAGACUGACAAGGCAAAGAAGAACAAGAAAAAGCCAAAGCCUCCUGCAAAAGAGAAAAAAUCCUCUACAUCUGUUAAUGGCAAAGAACCUGAUGAAGGCACCUGGGAGACCAAGGUCAGUAACCGUGAGAAACGACAGCAGCGGCGGAAGGACAAGGCUCCAGGUGAUGGGUCAGGCAGCCCAGUAGCUGCAGCGGCUUCGAGUGCCAUUAGUACCCUGGAGGAGGUCCAGACCGCCCCAGAAGAACCAGAAACCACCAUCAGCACCGUUUCUACACCUCCAGUCCAAAGAGAAGUGGAGGUUGACCCACCUGAAAUUGAAGCAAGUUUUGUAGAAGACGCUGUUGUUCCUCAAGUGACGCCGUGCUGGCAGGAAGUGCUGGCUGUUAAAGGUUCUGGCUGGAGCGAUCUGGGCCUGCAGCUUCCUCCUCAGAUGGCCAGUGUUCAGACCGAGAGCUGGACCAGUAUGACCGUUCCCACCGAGCGUCAGACUAGUGAACCCUCUGUCUGGCCCCAAGAUAUGGAAGGCUCAUGGACUAUUGUGGAUGGAUCUCAUAUUCCAGCUUCAUUCAGCGGCUUGACUUCUGUGCCUGACCUGAGUUGGAGUGCUCAGCCUCCCGUUCCACUGGAUGACGAGUGGUCUGGAAUAAACAGCACAUCUGUGGAUCUAUCAUGUGACUGGAACGCUCCGUCAGAGGAGUGGGGGAACUAUGUUGUGCAACAGCCUGUGAGCGCAGCCCCGCUGGAGCCGCCGGUCCCAGAAGUGGCACAGGAGUCCGAUAACGAGAAAGAUAAAGACGAAGCAGUCGCCCCUGGCAGCGGUAAAGCUAAGAAGAAGAAAAAGAAGAAGAAGAAGAUGGAGGAUGCUGGACCUUCUGCUCAGGUGAAAGCUGAGAGGGACAUGAGCGUUGUUGCAACACCGGCACAGAACGCAGCAGGAAACGUCUCAGCUGCCACAGCAGGGCCACACGGUCUAGUACCAUCAGCUCCAGUGCAAACGCAACGGAGAAUGACUGGACCUGAGCCGACUGACAAAUCCACUCCUGUACCAACACAAAAAAAAACAGAUGACAGCAGGGAGUCCCCGAAACAACCAGUCAAAAAGAAGAAAGCUAGAAGAGAGACAUGAAGAUACAAAAGUGAUGAGACAACAUAUGCAAUCUUGGGGUUGUACAGAAUUUCAUACUUCCUGAGUGACUUCUUUUUUGAUACCCUUGAAUCCACCGUGUUGUGAAUCCCAUCCUAGUGUCUACAUCCCAUUAGGUAUAUCUAGACAAAGUACUGUAACGUUACACGUCACAUGAAGGGACACUUCAUUCGGUUUUUUAUGUAUGUUAAUUGCUAAUUACAGUCAAUUUGAUAUGAUUUGUAUUUGCAGCAAAAUAAUUUUUUGUAAGAAGAUCCUGGCAAUCAUCGCAAAGCACUGGGGACGCAUCAAGAACACUUGAGAUACACGCACAGGAUCCUCUGGGAACCUAUAGAUCAGUGAGCUGUUACAUGAGAGCGUUGUCUCAUCCUUAAUUUAUGAUACACUGAGGCAGAUUAGAGUGCACUAACUUAGCCCGUUUGUAGGAGGAAAAAGCAACAAAUCAAGCCAUAUGGGAAAACCGUAUCGAACUCUGAGAGACUUGCUGCUGGUGAGCACGAGUAGAUGACGCUAUUAUCAGACAAACAGCUUAUUAACCGUUCGCUCUGGUGAAGUAGUAGUGACGUCGGCCGGGUUAUUCGUGAUCAGUGUUACACCAAGUACAGCAGUGUCAGGAAAAUUUCAAUGCCUUAACUUGUGUUGUGCAAGAUAGCAGCAACGAUCUGUCAGCUGCAUGCCGUUUCCUCUUUCGUAUUUAUUGGUUAAUAUAAGUCAUGUUUAAUGAGUAAUAAAGAUUAAAGAGUUGCUUUGCA